ACAUUAGGCCUUACACUCAUGUGCGUGAUACAUUUUGAAUAAAAUUAUAGAUUCUAAUUCGAGUUCUAAUGAAUUGAAUACCUUUGAAAUUCAAAAAUACCUAAAAAUUCGAAACAUUAUAUUAUCGUGAAUUGUGUCGAAAACUUUGUUCAUAUUCGAAAAAAUAAAUUAAGCAAACAACAAUAUCAACAUCUUCCUUUAUUCAAGUUUUCUAUGUAUACUGAUUCGCUUAGUAGAGAUUGUAUUUCAUUUUAAUUCUGAUGGGCAUAACAGUACCACUAUGAAAAAUCUGUUCAUAAAAUUUCUGCUGACUAUUAAUGUUUUUGACUUCUGUUUGGGCUAUUCAUUUCCCCGUGUGCAAAUUCGCGAUGGAGUCCUCCACGGUUCCAUACACAAAACAAGAAAUGGAAAAAAUAUAUCAAGUUUUUUAUCAAUUCCUUAUGCUCAGCCUCCAGUAGGAAAUUUGAGAUUUAGAAAUCCCAUUCCUUGCUUAGCGUGGACUGGUGUACGAAUUGCAGAUACGGAUGCUAAUCAAUGUCCUCAACACGAUGGUAUAAGUGUCGUUGGGAAUGAGGAUUGUCUCUAUUUGAACGUUUAUAUACCAAAACAAAAUUUAGGUUCCACAAAGGAUCUGUUACCAGUGAUGGUGUGGAUUCAUGGUGGAGCUUUCAUUUCCGGUAACAGUAGUUCUACUGGAUAUGGUCCAGAUUAUCUUUUAGACAAAGAUAUAAUUUUCGUCUCUUUAAACUACCGAUUAGGGGUUCUUGGGUUUCUUAGUACUGGAGAUUUGGAAGCUCCGGGAAAUUUUGGAUUAAAGGAUCAAGUUUUGGCACUAAAAUGGGUUCAGAAAAAUAUUCGCGCUUUUGGUGGGAAUCCAAAAAGAGUGACACUUUUUGGUCAAAGUGCAGGCGCCGUCAGCGUUGGCCUUCAUUUACUUUCAGAAACUAAUAAUGGUCUUUUUCACCAGUACAUAAUUCAAAGUGGAAGUGUACUGGUACCUUGGGGCUAUCAGGAUUGUAGCCAGUAUAAAUCACACGUAAAAGAUCUUGCAUUUAUUCACUUCUGUCCAACUUCAAAUUCCACAUCGAUCAUUAAUUGUCUGAGAAGUAAAAGCAUUGAUGAAUUACUUGACUACAGAUCCAUAAUUGUUGACAACACUAAAAGAUUUGGUCAGUUGAUCUGGACACCUACAAACGAGCCUGAAUCGGAAGAUGCAUUUUUAACAGACUCUCCUGAAAAUUUAAUUGCAAAUAAUACAAUGAAAGAUCUACCAUUCAUCACUGGCAGUGUUGGAAAUGAGGCUGAAAUUUUGACAGAAGCUUUGAACUCAACGCAAUUGUUGUACAACUUUUUGGAAGCUAAUGUAAGGAAUCUUAUAGAUUAUUUUAUGGGAUAUUAUUUAAAGCCACAUGAUGUAACACAACUGAGGGAAGAAAUUAUAAGUUAUUAUUUUCAAGAAUCAGAUAUUAAUCAUAUUCGCAACGAAAAGGUAUUUAUAACGACUUAG